CGGACGGGAUGAUUACAAGAAUCAUAUAGCACCAAAUAUCUCAUCCUCACUCUCACAUACAAACACACAUUUUGUUCACACAGAGAUAGACAUGGCUUCCGAUAUAAACAGAAGAAGAUCGUUCUCUCUUCUAGUCUUGAUUAUUGUGAUGCUUUAUGGGCAUAAAGGUGAUUCAAAAUGUGAUUUCGAAGCAAUUUUCAACUUCGGAGACUCGAAUUCGGACACUGGCGGAUUUUGGGCUGCUUUUCCUGCCCAAUCUGGUCCAUGGGGAAUGACUUAUUUCAAGAAACCAGCCGGUCGUGCUUCAGACGGUCGUCUUAUCAUUGAUUUUCUAGGUAACAAAUGACUAACAAAUACUCUCAAAAUUUUCAAAAAACGUAUAAUAUGACAGCAGUAUCAAAUCCCCUCUACAAAGUAUAAUUUUUUGUAUCCUUUAGUAUUAAAAUAUUUUUUAAAAAUAUUUAAGAUAUACUUAGUAGUUCGAGCGUUCAGUUAUCCAUUCAGUUUCAGUUCGUAUCUGUUUGGGUCUAAUGUUUAAUAUCUAUUCGCUUAUUUUGAAAUUUGGGUUUGGUUCCGGUUCUUUCGGUUUAAAUAUUUAGUAUCCAUUCGGUUAUUUUGCUUUGAAUAUUUUCGGAUAUUUCGGUUCUUUUUGAUUUUUUUUGGAUAUUUUCAAGUAUUUUUACUAUUUAGUCAAAAAAUAACUAAUAUUUUUGAAAAGAUAAUUAUAUUUCGGAUAUUUUCGGUUACUCAAAAUAUUUUGGUUCGGUACCGACUCGGUUUUCAUUUCUUCGGAUUUGGUUCUGUACGUUCGGUUCAAUUUAUUUUUCCAGGUCUAAUAAUUAGGAUUUUAGAUUGAAAUUUUAAACAAAAUCUAUAAUACUUACUGUUAUUACCCAAAAAUUAUCACUAUAGUGCUAAACGUAGUGUUAAAUUAUUUUAGCCAAAUCUCUUGGAAUGCCUUUCCUAAGCCCAUAUUUGCAAUCUAUUGGAUCGGAUUUUCGACAUGGCGCAAACUUUGCGACGUUAGCGUCCACGGUUCUCUUGCCAAACACGUCUUUAUUUGUCUCCGGAAUCAGCCCUUUCUCACUCGCUAUUCAGCUGAAUCAGAUGAAACAAUUCAAGGUUAAUGUCGACGAGUCACAUUCUUUGGACCGACCAGGAUUGAAGAUCUUACCGUCUAAAAUUGUUUUCGGAAAAUCGCUAUACACGUUUUAUAUUGGUCAAAACGAUUUCACAUCCAAUUUAGCCAGUAUUGGAGUUGAGAGAGUGAAACUAUAUCUUCCACAAGUCAUAGGCCAAAUUGCUGGAACGAUUAAGGAGAUAUAUGGAAUAGGUGGUCGGACAUUUUUGGUAUUGAAUUUAGCACCGGUUGGAUGUUACCCGGCGAUUUUAACCGGUUACACUCAUACCGAUGCUGAUUUAGACAAGUAUGGAUGUCUCAUUCCUGUAAACAAAGCAGUCAAAUAUUACAACACGUUAUUGAAUAAGACAUUAUCUCAGACCAGAACCGAACUAAAAAACGCUACCGUAAUUUAUUUAGACACGCACAAGAUAUUGCUUGAUCUCUUUCAACACCCCAAAUCCUACGGUAUGAAACACGGUAUUAAAGCUUGUUGUGGAUAUGGUGGACGUCCAUACAAUUUCAAUCAGAAGUUAUUUUGUGGCAACACCAAAGUGAUUGGAAAUUUUUCUACGACGGCCAAAGCUUGCCAUGAUCCUCACAACUACGUGAGUUGGGAUGGAAUUCAUGCGACGGAGGCCGCAAAUCACCACAUUUCCAUGGCCAUUCUCGACGGUUCGAUAUCAUAUCCUCCGUUCAUACUCAAUAACCUAUGUUCGCCUUAGCUUUGUAUAAGAUCAUUAGUUGUUAAUUUUUUAAAUAUGAAUUUCUAAACUAUCCACCAACUAAGCAUGUUGUGACAAGCAAAAGUAUAUAGAUAAUUAGAUAUUAUAUGUAUAUGUUUAAAAUUGCGUAAUAUGCUUUACAGGUCGAUUGUUCUCCUAAUCAUUUGAUUCUUCUUAA